GGAAAAGGGAAAAAAAAAAGAAACAUUGUGACAAGCAGCCUCGUCCGCUGCUGAUGACGUCACGGGCAGAGCAGCGUCUGGCUCUGGAUCUGGAUCAUAUCGGAUUUUCCACAUUUCAACGCGGAACCUGGCUGUGAAAACACCUGUUGAUGGAGGACGUGCUCCAGGGAAAUGACAGACCAGGGCAAUAACAAUCAGAACAUCUCGCAAAACCCCUUCGCAGCGCUCUUCAGCUCCCUUGCUGACGCAAAACAGUUUGCAUCCGGCCAAAAGCAACGGCGUCAAGCUGAGCAUCAAUCUGUAGACUCAGGAGAGAGCCAGUCUGAGUCAGACAACUCUGUGUCUGACAGCAUCGAUGAUAAUGAUGACUCAGUGGCAGAGAUCAGCCGAUCUUUCCGCUCACGACAGGAGCUCUGCGAGCAGCUCAACGUCAACCACAUGAUCCAGAGGAUCUUUCUCAUCACUCUGGACAACAGUGACCCAAGUCUAAGAGGUGGUAAUGGCAUCCCACCACGCUGUGUAUACCUUGAGGAAAUGGCCGCUGAUCUUGAUGGCCAGGACUGGCUUAACAUGGACACCAUAGAACAGGCUUUGUUCAGCAGGCUGCUUUUGCAGGAGCCGGGAAACCAUCUCAUUUACAUGACCUCCUGCAGUGUAGUGAAUCUCUCCGCAGAUCGUGAUGCUGGAGAGAAACGUGCCAUACCGUACCUUUAUGCUUGCUACCGUAGAGCUAAAGAGGAGAUCACUAAAGUCCCAGAGAAGCUGUUAUCGUAUGCAGUGCACUGCAAAAAUCUGACGGUGUCCAAUGCCCGCACUGUUCUGCUGACCCCGGAGAUCUACAUCAGCCAGAACGUUUAUGAACAGCUUUUGGACCUGUUGCUGGAGGCUGUGAGAGGAGCUCAGUUUGAGGAAGUUGUGGAGUUUUUGGAGGAGGUUAUCGCUAGUCUGUUGGCUGACCAAGAAGUGCGGACCUUUGGGGAGGUUAUGGUGCCAGUGUUUGAUAUUUUCCAAGGCCGGGUCAAAGACUUAGACCUUUGUCAGCUGCUGCUGUAUUCCUACCUGGAAAUUCUCCUGUACUUCAGUCGGCAAAAGGAUAUUUCUAAGGUUUUAAUGGAGCAUAUUCAGCCCAAAGAUCCUAACAGUGGGAUUCAGUAUCAGAAAACUCUUUUGGGAGCGAUCCUGAAUAUUUCUUGUCUGUUGAAAACUCCUGGUGUGGUUGAGAACCAUGGCUUUUUCCUCAAUCCUUCUCGUUCCAGCCCACAGGAAAUGAAGGUUCAAGAGUCAAAUAUACAUCAGUUUAUGGGGCAGUUUCAUGAUAAGCUGUAUCAGAUCCUGAAAAACCUGCUUCAGCAGUCCAGCGAGACUCGCCACCUGCUGCUCUCAUGGCUGGGUGGCUGCCUGCAGGCCAACAUGGGGCGGGCAAAAAUCUGGGCGAACCAGAUGCCCGAGAUAUUCUUCCAAAUGUACGCUUCGGAUGCAUUCUUCUUAAAUCUGGGCUCUGCACUGCUUAAACUUUGCCAACCGUUUUCUCGACCCUACUCGCCCAAACUCCUGACCUUUAACCCCACAUACUGCUUGCUUAAGGAGCUGAGCGAGGAAGAGCGGCGUAACAGAAACGUGCACGCAAGAGGUCUGGACAAGGAGACAUGUCUGAUACCUGUACCCCCUCAACAAACGGUUGAAUUUGCCCAAUCAUACAGCCUUCUCACAGAAAACCUCAUCCUUACACAGCUUACCCUGUACCUGGGCUUCCAUAGACUUCAUGAUCAGAUGGUGAAGAUGAAUCAGUCUCUGCACCGGCUGCAGGGGACGUGGCGGGACACGCAGCUCAGUGGAGGUCCAGCAGCAGCAGAGCUACGGGAACAGUUUGAACGUCUCAUGACAGUCUAUCUCUCAACCAAGGCUGCCACCACCCAGCCCACCAUGCUACAAAACUGCCUCAACCUCCAAGCAUCCUGUGCUGCUCUGCUGGUUCAGCUCAGCCUGGGUAACCAGGGUCCCGAGCACAUCCCUCUCACCUUUCCCUUACCUGUACUAGAGAACAGCCUGCUAUGCUUUGUGCCAGAAUUCUUUGUUGAAAACAUGGGCGAUUUCUUCAUAUUCCUCCGUCGCUUUGCUGACGAGGUGUUGGAGUCCUCGUCGGAAAGCUUAGAACAUGUCCUGACCUUCAUCACUGUGUUCAUGGGCAACGUUGAUAGAAUGAAGAAUCCUCAUUUGCGGGCAAAACUGGCAGAGGUUCUUGAAGCUGUGAUGCCCCAUAUGGAGACUCUGUCACCUGGCGCUGCCCAGCCUAUCAUGUUCCAGCGCCAAAGAGUGUUCAGCACAUAUCGGCAUGCACCCCAGCUUGCUGAAGCCCUCAUUACAGUGUUUGUGGAUAUAGAGUUCACUGGUGAUCCUCAUCAGUUUGAGCAAAAGUUCAAUUACAGACGACCUAUGUAUGCCAUCCUGAAGUACAUGUGGGGAGAAGAGAGCUACAGGGAGAGCAUUAAGCAUCUUGCUGAUUAUGCAUCUGAAAAUCUUGAAGCCAUGAAUCCACCACUCUUCCUGAGAUUUCUCAAUCUCCUCAUGAACGAUGCCAUCUUCUUACUUGACGAGGCUAUACAGUACUUAAGUAAGAUCAAAAUCCUCCAGCUGGAGAGGGAUCGGGGGGAGUGGGACAGUCUGGCCCCUGACGCCCGCAGAGAGAAAGAAUCUAGUCUGCAGAUGUUUGGACAGCUGGGUCGCUUCCACAACAUCAUGUCAAAUGAGACCAUUGGCACCUUGGCUUUCCUCACAUCUGAGAUAAAAGGUCUUUUUGUUCAUCCCUUUCUUGCUGAGAGGAUCAUCUCCAUGCUCAACUACUUUUUACAGCACCUGGUAGGCCCCAAGAUGGGUGCCCUAAAGGUGAAAGACUUCAGUGAGUUCGACUUCAAACCCCAGCAGCUAGUGUCAGACAUCUGUACUAUUUACCUAAACCUGGGAGAUGAAGAAAAUUUCUGCGCCACUGUCCCAAAAGAUGGAAGGUCAUAUUCACCCACUCUGUUCUGCCAAACUGUUCGCGUACUCAAGAAAAUCAACAAGCCUGGCGACAUGAUUGUAUCUUUCAGUCUUUUAGCGGAUAAAAUUAAGUCACUUGCAGACAGGCAUCAACAAGAAGAAGAGACCUACUCUGAUGCUCCAGAUGAAUUUCUGGAUCCCAUCAUGUCUACCUUGAUGCUUGAUCCGGUGCUGCUACCUUCUUCAAACGUCACAGUGGACCGCUCAACAAUAGCACGACACUUACUAAGUGACCAGACGGAUCCUUUCAACCGCAGUCCACUCACCAUGGACCAGAUCAGGCCCAAUGAAGAGCUCAGGCAACAGAUCAUGAAGUGGCUUGCUGAUCAUAAGCAAAGCAACCAGCAAAUGGGACCCAGUGGCUAAACUGCAUCAUUCCCUUCCCCCAGCACCAAGGCAUGCUCUGUAUGACUAAGCCAUUCAGAUGUUUCUGGCUUCUCUCAUACCGCUUUGAAACAAGAACAUUUAACCACAUUCGGAGGAGCACGCCUGCAUUCAUGGUGUUAGUGUGCUCCUCAAAGGUCAAAUGCAAAUCUCCAAAUGCCAUAUCACUGUAGCAUAUUCGGCUAUCUGUUCUUUUAAACUCCUCAGAGGUCUGAGGUCACCGCAAACAGAACUCAAAACCGGAUUCACACUUUCUGUUGCAUUUUGCCUUGCAAAGGUGUUCACUGUGGGAAAUGAAACUCUGGCUUAUAGACAGAUGACAGCAUACACGAGGUUUGCUUACUUGUUCAAUGCAUUUGCCCUACCUCUGACUCAUAUGCAUGCAAUAUUUUAUAUGCAUUGCUUAUUUGUUAACUUUUUAAGUUAGAAUAUAAGCAGUGUACCUCAUUUAGUACUACAGAGGAAGAGUUGUGGCCUCAUUUGAUAUUACGGAGGGUAAGUGUGGCAGUAUUGAUUGAAAAAUAUCAAAGCAAACCAAUGUCGGCUGCAAAAGAGAUUUAAACUCUUAUCUUACAAUAUUUUGCUAACAUCAUCAGCAUUAUAUACCACAGAGUUUCAGCUUUUAUAAUUGUACCUACUGGUUUUAAAGGCAUCCGUGUUGGAUUCUUCGUGGAAUGGUCGGUAGCUUCAGCAUUUGUCAGAAUGCUUUUGUUCAUCACAGACAUUUUAUGCUUGAAGCUCAAGAAGCAUUUGCUGUAAUAUGCACUUUUAUGAGACUCGUUAAGAAUAUUGAGCUCUUGUUGAAAUGUUUGGAAAUGCCCCUGCACACUUUACAAGAAUCCAUUGUGUCUUUUUAACAGUGCAAUAUGUCCCGAGUAAUGACUUCUUUGACUUCUGAGUCAGCCUUAUGACCUCCUCUCGUGCAGAGUGACAUCAUGUCUCUUGUUAACAGUUGCGAAACUGCAUGCUCUGGGUGGAUGGACCUUGCUACUGGCAUUUGUCUUAAAAGAUGACAUUGAUAAGACGCUGUCCAAUCACUGCUUUCGGUUGUGAGUUGCAUUACAUUGACCUGUCAAGUGUUGUAGGGUAUGUCUGCAUUUUGAUUUUCGCUGAAUUCUUUAUUUCAGUGAGUGUUAGUUGCUUUUAAGUCUUUAUUCCCUUAUAUUUUCAAGACCUCACUCGAAUCAAUAAACCUGAUCCCAUGAAUUCUCAAAGCAAACUGAAUGCUUUGGAGCCUGUUGUGAUAUUUCUCUGUCAGAUUGUUUGUCUUUUAACACAACUGAAUCAAUUGCAAUUGUUUUUGUUAAAUAAAGACUGAGUUAAUAUCAUCAUGGACAUUAGUCAUUAAAUGUAACAUGUCUCUGAAAAUACAACAACCAGACUUUC